AUGACCUCGUGCGUCAGCUCUGACUCUGAGCUCAGCGGCGUCCCAGGAGAUGCUCGCUCGACCAAGAGUCGCGUUCUCGAAACCGGCGCGGCAAUGACACAAGACUUCACGCCCAUUAAACAGAUCUGCGCGCACCUGAAUGCCUUCCACGUCUACGCCAACGAUCCCACACGAUGCGUCGAGGCAAACCAUUAUUGUACGCACCUGACGGAGGAUGUCCGUCAAUGUCUGAUUUACGAUUCGCCCGGGCCCAACGCGCGCCUCCUCGGCGUCGAGUACAUGGUGUCACCACGAAUUUUCGCUACACUCCCACCCGCCGAGCGCAGAUUAUGGCACACACAUGAGUUCGAGGUCAAGAGCGGCUUGCUCAUCAUGCCUACGCCGAAGGCCGUGCCCACCGCAGCGUGGGAAGCAGCCGAGACGGCGGAGAUGCAAGAUAUUGCCCCGAUAUAUGGUAAGACGUAUCAUAUGUGGCAGGUUGACCGUGGGGACCCGGUGCCUAUGGGCCCUCCGCAGUUGAUGGGGAGCUUCACCUCGCCGGAGAGCGUGAAGGCAGCGCACCCAGGUGGGCUGGACGGGCUGCUCCAGGGCCGAGACGAGAGGUUUGGGGUCAAUUAUCGGGAGAAGGCGAAGAAGCGAGAGAAUAUCGAGGCUGUGGAGAAGCAUUCAGGGCAUGCACUUGCCGUGCAACACAUGGAACGCCUCCUCCGAUCAGCGCUGCGAGUCAGCCCAGGCGCAGUCGGCCGGUUAGCCCUCAAUGGCGCAGGUGUCUUCUGCGCUUGCACCCUGGUGUGGGAGCACCUUAUAACCAUACAAUCCAGCGAGGGACCGUCGAUGUAUCCGACCUUCAAUCCGCGGGGCGAUUGGCUCCUCAUUUCACGACGGCAUGCAAACGGCAAGGACAUCCAGGUCGGCGACAUCGUACGAUUCAAUCAUCCCAAUUUCCUCGGUAUGCAUAGCGCGAAGCGGGUGCUUGGGAUGCCCGGGGAUUUUGUCUGCCGGGACCCGCCGUACAGUACGGGGGCAGGGAAGCAGUCGGACAUGAUCCAGGUCCCCGAAGGCCAUGUAUUUCUCGUUGGCGAUAACCUUCCUUGGUCGAGAGACUCGAGAAACUUCGGACCCGUGCCAUUGGGCCUGAUCAACGGGAAAAUCGUCGCGCGAGUCUGGCCACCAUCCAAGAUGGAGUGGGUGCGCAAUACCAUGCAACCUGCGCAGCUGGACUAG